AUGGAAAGGACUACCCCGAAGUCAACCGAACGCUGGUUGCAAGACCGGGCGAUCACUCUGAAAUGGGAAUCUUUCCAGUGGUUAAGAAAUAUAUUCGGCAAGGGCCUCCAACCCCCGGACGAUGUGUACGCGCUCGUCACUUCUAUGGUCAUCAAGCUCGGGUUAGACUUUAACUUUGGUCAACUGGCACAAGCUGAGAAUGCACCCGCAUCUCUGGCCGGACUCCGACAAAUGCGCGGGCGAGACAGGGCAUUCGAGAUGCGGUUUAUGGAACAGGUCUUGGAUCUUUCGGGAGCAUAG